ACUCUCCAGCUCCACGGAGGCGGGCGCUCGGGCGCAAAGGCCUCGCCUCCUCCUCGGGCGGGCCGAGCAGCGGCAUGGCGGGCCGGCGGGCCGGGGGUGGAGUGCUGCUGGCUUUGCGGGCGCUGCUGGCCUGGCGCGCGCUCCGGACCGCCGCGCACCCGCAGUGCCUGGACUUCAGGCCGCCCUUCCGGCCGCCGCAGCCGCUGCGUUUCUGCACUCAGUAUUCGGGCUUCGGCUGCUGCGCCGCGGAGCGCGACGAAGUGCUGGCCCGCCGCUUCGGGGCCCUCGCGGCCAGCUUGGAUGCCGCCGUGUGGGCUGCGUGCGCCGGCUACGCACUCGACCUGCUGUGCCAGGAAUGCUCGCCCUACGCGGCCCACCUCUACGACGCCGAGGACCCGUCCACACCGCUGAGGACGGUGCCGGGACUGUGCGAGGACUACUGUCUGGACAUGUGGCAGACGUGCCGGGGCCUGAUCCGCCACCUCUCGCCUGACCGUGAGCUCUGGGCGCUGGAGGGCAACCGUGCCAAGUUCUGCCGCUACCUGUCCCUGGACGACGCCGACUACUGCUUCCCGCGCCUGCUGGUCAACGAGAACCUGAACUCGAACCUGGGCCGGGUGGUGGCCGACGCCAAGGGCUGCCUGCAGCUCUGCCUGGAGGAGGUGGCCAAUGGGCUGCGCAACCCCGUGGCCAUGGUCCAUGCGCGGGACGGCACCCACCGCUUCUUCGUGGCCGAGCAGGUGGGGCUGGUGUGGACCUACCUGCCGGACCGCUCACGGCUGGAGAGGCCCUUCCUCAACAUCAGCCGGGCGGUGCUCACCUCGCCCUGGGAGGGCGACGAGCGGGGCUUCCUGUGCCUCGCCUUCCACCCCCGCUUCCGGCACAACGGCAGGCUCUACGUCUACUACUCCGUGGGGGUCGGCUUCGAGGAGUGGAUCCGGAUCAGCGAGUUCAGGGUCUCUGAGGACGACGUGAACACCGUGGACCACAGCUCCGAGAGGAUAAUCCUGGAGAUCGAAGAACCAGCCUCAAACCACAAUGGGGGCCAGCUGCUCUUUGGGGACGAUGGGUACCUCUACAUCUUUACCGGAGAUGGCGGGAUGGCUGGAGACCCCUUUGGAAAGUUUGGAAAUGCCCAAAACAAGUCGGCACUGCUAGGCAAGGUGCUGCGCAUCGACGUGGACCGCCCGGAGCAUGGCCCGCCCUACCGCAUCCCGCGGGACAACCCGUUCUUCAGCGACCCAGCCGCGCGGCCAGAGGUCUACGCCCUAGGCGUGCGCAAUAUGUGGCGCUGCUCCUUUGACCGCGGCGACCUGGAGACGGGCGCAGGCCGCGGGCGCCUCUUCUGCGGCGACGUGGGCCAGAACAAGUUCGAGGAGGUGGACCUGGUGGAGCGCGGCCGCAACUACGGGUGGCGCGCGCGCGAGGGCUUCGAGUGCUACGACCACAAGCUGUGCGCCAACGCCUCCCUCGACGACGUCCUGCCCAUCUUUGCCUACCCCCACAAGUUGGGCAAGUCGGUCACAGGGGGCUAUGUGUACCGGGGCUGCGAGUACCCCAACCUGAACGGCCUCUACAUUUUUGGGGAUUUCAUGAGUGGGCGUCUCAUGUCCCUCCGGGAGAAGCCAGGCACAGGCCAGUGGUAUUACAAUGAGAUCUGCAUGGGUCGUGGCCAGACCUGUGCUUUCCCAGGCCUCAUCAACAACUACUACCCACACAUCAUCUCCUUUGCAGAGGACGAGGCUGGAGAGCUAUUCUUCUUGUCGACGGGGGUGCCGAGUGCCAUGGCUGCACGCGGGGUCAUCUAUAAAGUCAUCGACCCCUCCAGACGGGCACCACCGGGAAAGUGUCAGAUCCAGCCUGCUCAGGUCAAAGUGAGGAGCCGCCUCAUCCGGUUUGUGCCCAAAGAAAAGUUCAUCCGGACGACCGAGAGCACCCCGCGACCCACAGUGCGCAGGCCCACCAAGGCGCCUCGUCAGAGUCGCCCCACGACCAUUGCGCCCGCGCCCACCCCACGGCCGGCCCGGCCCACGCGGCGGCCGGGGGGCCGGAGGGGCGGGCGGCGGCGGGGGCAGCAGAGCACAUCCGGUUCCACACCCACAAACGGCGCCGUGCGCCUGGUGCGGCCCGUGAGCCUGGGCCCAGGCCGGGGCCGCGGGCGUGUGGAGGUGUUUGCUGGCGGGCGCUGGGGCACAGUGUGCGACGACGGCUGGGACACCACGGCCGCCGCCAUCGUGUGCCGCCAGCUGGGCUUUGCGCACGUCGUGCGCGCUGCUAAGCGCGCGGAGUUUGGCGAGGGCCGCUCGCUGCCCAUCCUGCUGGAUGACGUGCGCUGCUCGGGAGGCGAGCACAGCCUGCUGGAGUGCGCCCACGCCGGCGUGGGCAUGCACAACUGCGAGCACCAGGAGGACGCAGGUGUCGAAUGCAGUCACCAGGAUCCAAACAUCUAGGCUGAGCGACCGGCAGCUGGGGCAUCGUCGGCCAGCCAGAGCGGGCCAGGGCCCCGCCUGCUCUGUGCGCUUGGCGUGUGCCCACGGGUGUGGGCCCAUCGGUGUGGUUGUCCUGUGGCCCCGAGUCCCUACGCAUAUUUGAGGGGCCUGUAAUGGCCUGUGCUCUGUGCUUGAGUCUCUGCCCAGGUGUCUUCUGCAGACCUAAAGUGUGAGUGUGUGCUGGGCCAGCCUGGUCUCUGGGUAGGUGUGGAGAGGCAUUUUUUUCUUACCUCCAGGUCCUCCAAGCAGCAGCAGGAACUCCAUCUGGCUGUCAGACUCAGUGGACUGAGGGUAUCCACCCUUCAAAGGCAAACGGGGUUUCUGAUUGUGUCAAUAAAGGCAUAUCUAGAAGCCUGAGGGAGGGGACCAGGUCUGCCCUGCCCACGGCUGGCACAGAAGGCACCAGACCAGCUGAAUGUGGCCCAAGGAACAUGGCCUGAAGAGUGUGGACCUGUGGGCUGGGAGGCCAGGGGCAUAGAGACUCGGGGUAUGACAGGAAGGCACCCAGUGGUCAGGCCAUCGGGCCAGCGGUGCAGGUGACAUGCAGGCCAUGGCCACCAAGCAAGGGUCCAGCUGCCUGGGAGGGGCCGGCAGCAUUCCUAAAGGUCUGGGGGCACUGGGUGAGCUGAGACUGCUGGAGAAGGCUCCUGCUCAUCUUGGAGCUCAGCAUCGUGCUGGGCCCAUGCGGGUGCUCUAGGGUGGGUGCUGGCCUCCUCCCACCCCAGAGGCCUAGAAACUAUUGGCACCAGGUGGGCAGAGCUUCCCCUGGGGAGUUCUCUGCUUUCAAGGCUGUGUUGUGGCUACCGGGCCAUUCAACCUGUCCCAUCCCACCUGCUCCGUGAAAUCCCAGGGGAUCCUCUGAUUCCUCCACCUCUACCCAAGGCCGAAUCCUGGCUGGGGGCCCACACAACUACUGAGGCUUUGUCACCCAGGGCUUCGCCAUAACAUGGCUGUUUACA